AUGCCUGCCCAAAGUCAGCAAAAGCGUAGAUCAGCCACUCAAGACCCAGAUAAGCCAGCCAAACGCACCAGAGUCUCACGGGCUUGCGACCAAUGCCGAGUAGCUCGUGAAAAGUGCGAUGGCGGCCAGCCAACAUGCUCCACUUGCUUGACAUCGAAGCGAGGCUGCACGUACACAACGAAUCCAAAGAAACGAGGCAUUCAGCCUGGCUACAUCCGUGUUCUGGAGCUGGCGCUGGCAACAUUGUUUCAGCAAAACGCUGAGAAUGAAAGAUAUCUUAACGAUAGAUUAGCAAGGGAGGGGCCAUCCUCACUGUUGCUGAGCCGCGAUUCCAAAGAAUCGAACAAGCUACACAAACAAUGGCGAAAGACAAGAUUUAACAGGGACGUCGACACGUUACUAUCCGGUGGAGAACCAUCACGGCACGACUCAGAUCCGCCAUCGCCAGCAGGUGAUGAAAAUAACUCGGAUGCUGAUGAGCCCGCACCGGCCCCGACACCAAACGAGAACUUUAACGAAUCGCUUCCAUACGACUUAAUCACUCCGCAGUCACUGAUUCAGCAAGUGUCAGCGUUAGCAGAGGGACUGGGUAGAGACGCUUUGUCGAUAACGCUUCCAUUGGACAGCUGGAAACAGAUCGAAAACUACUUCACAUAUACUCAAUGUUGGUUGCCGAUCUGCGAGAAGCAUGACGUACUGAAGCUGUCAUACUCGUACCCCUCAACGGGCAUGCGACUAUCUUUCGACGCACCGGAUUCUGGCUCUCACGCUGAGCUGUGGAGUAUACUGGCUGUCGCGUCGACAUAUGAGCUGAGCAACAGCUCGAACUCCGUCAGUCAUGCCAGCGAGGGCUCAAUGACACCGAAGCAGCUCUACGAUACUGCCAGAUCCCUCAUUCCCCAUGAGUUGGGCUCUUUCGAUCUUGGUCAUGUCAAGGCGCUUCUCAACCUGGCGAUAUUUAGUAUUGCGCAAUCGUUAACAGAGGCCGCUUGGUUCCUAGUCGGCUGCGCUUCACGAGUGCUUGAGAAUGUCGACCAGAUUUCCCUUAUACCCAGCACGCGGCGAAUGCAUGUUUUCGGAGGCUGUCUUGUACUAGAUAGCAUGCUUGCCCUCCAGCUGGGGAGACGCCCAUACUUCCGACAGCAUAAUAUUGAACAGCUCGGACGGAUUGACGAAGAUGGCCUCGAAGAAUGGCAACCGUGGUCUGGUGGUUCCAACACAGCCGCCAUGCAGCAAUCAAGGACGCCACUCCUAGCUUUCAGCAGCUUCCGUCAUCUCCUUGAUGUGCUUGACAUACUUGUAACAAGCGAGCUUGCGUCGCCGUCUGGCCUACCGCUUCAAGACACUGUACAACGACUGAAUGACUGGAAGUCAACGUUGCCUCCCAAGCUCGACUACCUGCAGUCCGAAAAUGCACCGACUCCUUCCACGCCACCGGCUGUGUUACUUCAGUUAACAUACCACUGUACAGCACUGUCAUUGAUGCCUACACAGAAGUGGCUCCAACGAAUCUUGGAGCUACUUGAACCUUCACAUGCCAAGCUAGGCCUAACAAGUUUACCACCAGUUGUGUAUUGCCUCAUGGGAAUCGUCAAGCGACAUAGCACCCACUUCUUGUCAGAUCCAGCACUCCGUGCGCGUAUGCAGAAGCUCCAGACUGAUAUCGAUCGUACAUGGCGAAAGACGAUACCGGACAUACGAUCGCCCCCGAUCCAUUCCAGGCAGUCCAUCUCGGUCAUGCAGAUGCCAACUCCUGACUCAAUACAACAACCUCUUUCUGGCACACAGGCAACGGUGCAGGUCAAUGCAGGGAAUAAUGCGAGAACAGCGCAGAACAGCGGCAGCCUUCCGGAUGUGUUGGGCGCAAACACGAAUCAGCAAAUCGAGUCCUUCAUCAAUGCUUCCCGAUCUGCGCCACCUGAUCCACGCUAUCCAGACAUUCCUGGAGACCUUGAAAGCUUCUUCGACGACCUGGCUUCGCUCGACAACACGAACAAGUUAGAGAACCAGCCACAGUUCAUGCAAAACCUUGGAUUUGCACCGGACGCAAACAUGGCGGAUCUGUUCAGCGAGUUCAUACCGAUGCAGACUUCGGCGUUCGUAGGACAGGAGUCUGCUGAUCUUGGCCACCUGGAUCAUUACAAUUUUUACGAUACGAGCUGA